CGGCGCUAGAGGAGGAUGUACUUGGUGGUGGGGGGCAGGGGGCUGGCCGGCUGCGGGCACCUCCUGGUCGCUCUGCUGGGGCCGCUGCUGCUGCCGCUGCUGCUGGCGCGCUCGGGCACCCGGGCACUGGUGUGCCUGCCCUGCGACGAGUCCAAGUGCGAAGAGCCCAAGAACUGCCCGGGCAGCAUCGUGCAGGGGAUCUGCGGCUGCUGUUAUAUGUGCGCCCGGCAGAGGAACGAGAGCUGCGGCGGCGUGUACGGGCUCCACGGAGCCUGCGACCGGGGGCUCCGCUGUGUCAUCCGCCCGCCGCUCAAUGGCGACUCCAUCACCGAGUACGAAGUCGGCGUUUGCGAAGAUGAAAACUGGGACGAUGACCAGCUGCUUGGUUUUGAACCAUGCAAUGAAAACCUUAUCAUGGGCUGCAACAUUAUCAAUGGGAAAUGUGAAUGUGACACCAUUCGAACCUGCAAUAAUCCUUUUGAGUUUCCCAGGCAGGAUAUGUGCCUUUCAGCCUUAAAAAGGAUUGAAGAAGAGAAGCCAGAUUGCUCCAAGGCCCGCUGUGAAGUACAGUUUUCUCCACGCUGCCCCGAAGAUUCUAUUCUCAUCGAGGGUUAUGCUCCUCCUGGUGAAUGCUGCCCAUUGCCAAGCCGUUGUGUGUGCAACCCUGCAGGCUGUCUGAGGAAAGUCUGUCAGCCAGGAUACCUGAACAUAUUAGUGUCAAAAGCAUCAGGGAAGCCAGGAGAGUGUUGUGACCUCUAUGAAUGCAAACCAGUUUUCAGUGUGGACUGCAGCACAGUGGAAUGCCCUUCCAUUCAACAGGUUGUUUGCCCGCUGGAUAGUUAUGAAACUCAAGUUAGACUGACAGCUGAUGGCUGCUGUACUCUUCCAACAAGAUGCGAAUGUCUUUCUGGCUUAUGUGGUUUCCCUAUGUGUGAGGUGGGAUCCACCCCCCGCAUAGUCUCUCGUGGAGACGGAACUCCUGGAAAAUGCUGUGAUGUCUUUGAAUGUGUUAAUGAAACGAAACCAGCUUGCGUUUUUAACAGUGUGGAGUACUACGAUGGAGACAUGUUUCGAAUGGACAAUUGUCAGUUCUGCAGAUGCCAGGGAGGUGUUUCUAUUUGUUUCUCUGCUCAGUGUGGUGAGCUGAACUGUGAUAGAUACUAUGAGCCAGAAGGAGAAUGCUGUCCUGUUUGUGAAGAUCCAGUGUAUCCCUUUAACAAUCCUGCUGGCUGCUUUGCUAGUGGUCAGAUCCGAGCACAUGGAGACCGCUGGAGAGAAGAUGACUGCACGUUCUGCCAGUGUAUUAAUGGAGAAUCACACUGUGUUGCUACGGCCUGUGGACAAAGCUGCAUGAACCCUGUUAAAGUGCCUGGAGAAUGUUGCCCAGUGUGUGAAGAACCAUCAUAUAUUACAGUUGAUCCGCCUGCUUGUGGGGACUUAUCUAACUGUACUCUGACAGAAAAGGAUUGUAUUUAUGGUUUCAAACUUGAUCACAAUGGCUGCCGAAUCUGUCAGUGCAAGAACAGAGAGGAGCUGUGCACCAGCCUCAUACGUGGUUGCACCUUGGAUUGUCCCUUUGGUUUCCAAACUGAUGCCCAGAACUGUGAGAUAUGUCAAUGCCGCCCUCGGCCUAAGAAAUGCAAGCCUGUAAUAUGUGACAAGUAUUGCCCAUUCGGAUACCUGAAGAAUAAACAUGGCUGCGACAUCUGCCGCUGUAAGAAAUGUCCUGAGCACCCAUGCAGUAAAAUUUGUCCAGUGGGUUUCCAGGUGGACAGUCAUGGUUGUCUUAUCUGUAAGUGCCGAGAGGCUACGCCUUCAGCAUCCAUUGGGCCCCCUGUGCAGACAGGCACUUGCCUGUCUAUGGAUGGACGACAUCAUAAAAAUGAGGAAAGCUGGCAUGAUGGAUGCCGGGAAUGCUACUGUCAUAAUGGACGGGAAAUGUGUGCCCUGAUCACCUGUCCUGUACCCGCCUGCAGCAAUCCCACCAUCCGGCCAGGACAAUGCUGCCCAUCAUGUUCAAAUGAAUUUGUGGUUCAGAAACCAGAGCUAAGCAGCCCAUCCAUUUGCCAUGCUCCUGGAGGAGAAUACUUUGUGGAUGGAGAAACAUGGAAUAUCGACUCUUGCACCCAGUGUACAUGUCAUAGUGGGCGUGUGUUGUGUGAAACAGAAGUUUGUCCUCCCCUUCUUUGCCAAACUCCUGCCCGCACCCAGGAUUCCUGCUGUCCUCAGUGUACAGAUGAACCUCUUCAGCCUUCCUCAUCAAAUAAUGAGAGCAUGCCUAGUUACUGCAAAAAUGAUGAAGGGGACAUAUUCCUGGCAGCUGAGUCGUGGAAACCCGAUGUUUGUACCAGCUGCAUAUGUAUGGAUAGCAUGAUUAGCUGUUACUCUGAGUCUUGCCCUUCAGUCUCCUGUGAAAGACCUGUUUUGAGAAAAGGCCAGUGUUGUCCCUACUGCAUAGAAGAUCCAGUACCAAAGAAGGCCGUGUGCCACUUCAGUGGGAAAACAUACGCAGAUGAAGAAAGAUGGGACAUCGACAGCUGCACGCACUGCUACUGUUUGCAGGGCCAGACCCUGUGCUCAACUGUCAGCUGCCCACCUCUGCCCUGUAGAGAGCCCAUCAACGUUGAAGGAAGUUGCUGCCCAAUUUGUCCAGAGAUGUAUGUACCUGAACCAACCAAUAUUCCCAUUGAGAAGACAAAUCAUCGUGGAGAGAUUGAAUUGGAGGUACCAGUAUGGCCUACCCCUAGUGAAAAUGACAUCAUCCAUCUCCCCAGAGACAUGGGUCAUCUUCAGGUGGAGUACAGAGAUGGUAAUGGGCCACAUCUAAGUGAAGACACCUCUCUCGCAUCCUUUGCCUGGGUUGCAGGAAUAAUGGGAGUCCUGGGUCUUAUAGUAGUUUUCCUAUUUUUAAAUCAGAAGAAACAGUGGAUACCAGUGCUCUGUUGGUAUCGAACACCUACUAAGCCUUCUUCCCUAAACAAUCAGCUGGUGUAUGUGGACUGUAAGAAAGGAACCAUGGUUCAGGUGGAUAGUUCUCAGAGAAUGCUAAGAAUUGCUGACCCAGAUGCAAGAUUUAGUGGCUUCUACAGCAUGCAAAAACAGAACCACCUUCAGGCAGAUAAUUUCUAUCAGACAGUGUGAAGAACUACACCCUCGGUGAGGUUAAAAAAAAAAAAGACAGAAAAAGACUAAAUCUGCUAUAACUUAGAAUUUGUGCACUUGCUUAGUGGGUUGUAUUGGAUUUGUGACUUCAUGUACAGCUCUAAGACCUUCCCGGGAUGGGCUUUGUCUACAGCGAGGUGCCAGAACAAGCAUUCCCACUUUUCCUCAUGAUAACUGACCAAGUGUUUUCUUAGAACCAAAGUUUUCAAAAGUUGCUAAGAUAUAUUUGCUUGUAAUAUAGCUGUAGAAAUACUGGGGGAGGGGGGUGGGAGCAUUGAGUUGGGUUAGUGGGUGGGAGGGUUGUGUUGGGAAGACAGAUUGGUCAGCUUGGCUUGGGGAGAAACCCGGUAAAAAUAAAACCAGUCAAAUGGCCGAGCAUCGGGAGGACUUUCAUUUUUUCUCAUUGUUCUUAAAGCUGCAUUGGUUGCAACAAAGCCUAGCCUAAAUGAAAAACAAGAAAAGGGUCUCACGAUUCAGCUGCUGUAACCACUUCUGAACGACAACACUCAGAGACAAAAGCCUUUAACAGCCAUCCCGGGUGUCCUAUAGCCACAGGUUCUUCUAUACAAUCAGAACGUGCAGUAGGCAGUGAGAAAGCCAGGGCGAUGGGUUAGCAAGAUCUCUCGGAUGCGGGUUAGUAAGGAUGUGUACAGUUAUUCCUUGUGCUGCUUUUAUUGUCUUCUUCCAAGCCAAUCAGCCAGUUACUGGCAGAGUUAGCAAAUGAAUGAGACUGAAGUCAUUUCUUGAUACGAGCACUGGAGCUUUUCUUACGACAGUCUGGAAGGAAGGAAAGGGCAAAGAACGCCAGGCAUUUCCAGGGGCUUGUCCAUUUGUUUGUUAUUGCUUUGUUCUGUUCUGUUCUGUUGGUUGUUCAUAGUUUCAAAGUAUAAAAAAAAAAACGUUUUUGUUGAAGCUCUAGCUUAAAAGGAAACAGGUUGUUUUGUGUUGGUUUUUGUUUUUUUUGUUGUGGUUUUUUUUUUUAAGGAAAAAAAAGACUGUUUUAGGAUUUUUCCUUAUUAUUUACUGGUUCUACAAAAUAGAAACUACUUCCAUGCUAGGAAGCAGCUUAAUUUUAAUUGUAUAUUAUUCAAGCACCUUUGUUGAAGCUCAGAAAAAAAUUAUGCCUCUUUAAACUUUAGCAAUUAUAGGAAUAUUUAUGUAAAUAUCUUAAGCUUCAAAAAAAACAAGAGUAUUUGUGUGCAUGUGUAUAUUUAUAUAUAUACAUAUAUAUUUAUACACAUACAAUUUAUGUUUUCCUGUUGAAUGUAUUUUUAUGAGAUUUUAACCAGAGCAAAGAUAGAUUAAAUAGGCAUUCCAUACCAAUGCUUUUAAUCACUUAUGAACUUUUAAAAAACAAAGAAAAGAUCUCACUGUAACUACAGUUUAAUUUGAAAGUGAGGAGAGUGUGUGCUUGUGUGUAAAUAUAUAUAUAUGCAUAUAUAUACAUUCACACAUGUAAGUGUGUGUUUGUGCACACAAGAAGGUAUGCAUGUGCACACAUUUUUAGCAGUCAGUCAUCAAUGCUCUUGCUAUGGAGAAAGGUGUUCUUUCACUUUUUUUCCUCCUUUGGUAUUGGUUUUCAAUGUACACAUUGGCUAGAGACACUGAUGGCAAUUUACAUGCAGCACUAAUCAGCUCCUGGAUUUUUUUUCUUCAAACAAUUGUUUGAAACAACUACUGGAAUAUUGUCCACAGUAAGCUGGAAGUUUGUUGUAGUUUGCCUCAAUUAUAACUCUGACUGUAUACUAUAGUGUUAAUUUUUCAAACAGCUCUUAGCACUUUUAUAUUAAUUACCCAUUUGUGCAUUGACUUUUCUUUUACAAAUGCUUGUUGUGAAAGACACAGAUACCCAGUAUGCUUAAUGUGAAAAGAAAAUGUGUUCUGUUUUGUAAAGGAACUUUCAAGUAUUGUUGUAAAUACUUGAACAGAGGUUGCUGAACUUUAAAACAAAUAAUUAAUUUAUUAUUAUAAUGACCUAAUUUAUUAAUCUGAAGAGUAACCAUUUUUGUUUUAGAAUAUCAAAAAGGUGUUCUAGCUGUUUGCAUCAAAGAAAAAAAAGAUUUAUUAUCAAGGGGCAAUAUUUUUUCUGUUUCCAAAACAAAAUUUGUUAGAAAUCUGGUAAUACAGAAACAGAUUUACAUCUGCCUAAUUACUACAAAUUUUAUUGGCAAUUAAUCCAUUUCUGGCAUUUAAAAAAAAAGUCUUUAUCCAAAAAUUGUAAAUGCUUGCUUUUGUUUUACAAUCACGGCCAUAUUCUGAAAAUACUAACAGGAUAUAGGACAUGGUGUAAAUUUUGUUAUUAUUUUUAAAGAUAUGAUUUAUCCUGAGUGCUGUAUCAUUACUCUUUUACUUUUUGGUUCCUGUUGUGCUCUUGUAAAAAGAAAUACAAAUAAGAUUUCCUGAAAAAUAAAAUAGAUAUGUGGCACUUGGAGUGCACUGCAGUUCUACAGUUUGUUUCCUUUUCUUUGAAAAGCAAAACUGUAAGGUGGUUCUUUGUGAUUUGGUUCCUAACAGGAAAUAAACAUUUUGAAUCUAA